UUUCCCUCUCCCGUUGUCACAACCACACACAGACACACCACCAAAGACUCUCUCUUCUUCCAACCAUGGAAGCUGCUCUUGCAACAUGCACUCUUCCAUCUCCGCGAAUCCUCAAACCAAAGCCUCGAUUCAGAUGCUCUCUCCCCAAUCCAAAACCCAUCUCUCCAAACUCACCCACCUUCAAAUCCCCACCGCCGUCAAAAUCCAACCUUUUCACAACCGCGGUCUCGUCAUCACCCGCCGUCGCCCCGACGAACUCCCCGCCGGAACCCGAACCCGGAUCGGACUCGUCGUCGGAGAAGUUCGACUGGUACGCUAACUGGUACCCGGUGAUGCCCAUCUGCGACCUCGACAAGAAGGUUCCGCACGGGAAGAGAGUCAUGGGGAUCGAUGUGGUGGUCUGGUGGGACAGGAACGAGAGCCAGUGGAAAGUUAUGGACGACACGUGUCCUCAUCGCCUUGCUCCCUUGUCAGACGGGAGGAUUGAUCAGUGGGGGAGGUUGCAGUGUGUGUAUCAUGGAUGGUGCUUCAACGGUAAGGGUGAUUGUAAGCUCAUUCCUCAAGCUCCUCCUGAUGGUCCUCCGGUGCACACGUUCAAGCAAGCAUGUGUAGCUGUUUACCCAAGUACAGUGCAGCAUGAGAUCCUUUGGUUUUGGCCCAACAGUGAUCCUAAGUACAAGAAUGUUCUUGAGACCAACAAGCCUCCUUUCAUUCCAGAGUUGGAAGACCCAUCGUUCACUAAACUCGUGGCAAAUCGAGAUAUUCCCUAUGGGUACGAUGUGUUGGUGGAGAACCUCAUGGACCCGGCUCAUGUUCCCUAUGCACAUUAUGGACUAAUGCGGGUUGGUAAACCAAAAGAGAAAGUGGACAGAGAAGGGGGAAAACCACUCGAGAUCACCGUGAAAAGGCUAGACAACGAAGGGUUCUUUGCAAGACAAGAAUGGGGUUAUGCUAAUUUUAUCGCACCAUGUGUGUACCGAGCUUCCACAGAGCCAUUAAGAGAGGAGGAUAAGGAUUCUAUCACAUCUGAAAAGGGGCCAUUGAAGAAUCGCAAAUUGUCAUUGAUCUUUAUAUGCAUUCCGGUCAGCCCCGGUCGCAGUAGGUUGAUAUGGACGUUCCCUAGAAACUUCGGGGUAGCUAUUGAUAAGAUUGUUCCUAGAUGGGUGUUCCACAUAGGGCAAAACAAGAUUCUAGACUCAGACUUGCACCUCCUUCAUGUCGAGGAGAGGAAGAUACUGGAGAGGGGCCCUGAGAACUGGCAAAAAGCUUGCUUCAUCCCAACCAAAUCAGACGCACUUGUGGUUACGUUCAGGAGAUGGUUCAACAAGUACAGUGGAGCUCAAGUCGAUUGGAGAGGGAAGUAUGAUCCAUCUCUUCUUCCUCCAACGCCCCCUCGAGAACAGCUCUUCGACAGGUAUUGGUCGCAUGUGGAGAACUGUAGCAGCUGCAAGAAAGCUCACAAAUAUCUCAACGCUUUUGAGGUGAUCUUGCAGAUAGCAUCGGUUGCUUUGAUCGGAGUUAUGGCCGUGACGAAGCAGAUUGCGAUGUCUAAUGUGGCUAGAAGCGUGGUGGUUGUGGCGGCCGUGUUGAGUUUUGCGGCUUCGAAGUGGCUAUCGCAGUUCAUCUACAAGACGUUUCAUUACCAUGACUACAACCAUGCUCUUGUUUGAAAAAUUGUAAUGGAUUUUGGUGUGUGUACAUAACAUUUAUACAUUCAUGAACGUACAGAACAUCAUAGACCGUGUUUAAGGGGCAUGUUAUGCUGCUCUAAACCAAAUAAGUGAUCUGGAUGCAAAUGUUCGGCCUUUAUCUUC